GGUGGCAGCUACGGGGAAGGCCCCGCGGUACCCCCUCAAGGUGGCGGCGACAGACCCGACCUGCACGGCCUCGUGCUGCCCGAGCUCAAUGGCGUCGAGCUGGCGAUGAGCCUCAGUCCCAAGCACCUCCACCACCAGCAGACAGGCCAGCAGGCGCUCAGCCACCACCUGCAGCAGCUGCACCAGCACCACCACCACCACUCGACGCCGUUCAGCGUCACGGACAUCCUGAGUCCCAUCGAGGAGUCCUACAGGAAGUUGGAGCUGGCUACCAAUCCGCCGUCGCCCUACAGAUCGACAUCCAGCGGCAGCAGCAUCACCUCCCCCGGAAUAGGCGCGGGCAGUGGCGGCGGCGCGUGCAGCAUGAACGGCGGGUACCCGGUGAUGGGCCAGUUCGGGGGCGGGCAGUACUGCCCCGUCUCCGAGAACCUCGGCCUCGGCGCUCCAUACUCGGGAGGCUGGUACCAGACCUCGGCGGCCGAUCCCCGCUUCGCAAUUUCCAGGUUGAUGGGCAGCUCGGCCGCCUCGGCCAACAUGGCCCACCACGGCCUCAACUCGGCCAUGCCCGGCCUGGGCGCGUGCGCGAUGCCCGACUCCAAGCCGAUGCAGUUCCCGUUGGCGCAACGGCGCAAGAGGCGGGUGCUGUUCACGCAGGCGCAGGUAUAUGAAUUGGAGAGAAGAUUCAAGCAACAAAAAUACCUAUCAGCUCCUGAGAGAGAACACCUGGCAUCUUUAAUACACCUCACCCCCACCCAAGUGAAAAUAUGGUUCCAGAAUCACAGGUACAAGUGCAAAAGACAAGCCAAAGAAAAGGCGAUGGCCGAACAAAACCAGCACAACCAGUCAUCGAGCUCCCCACGACGCGUCGCCGUCCCCGUCCUAGUCAAAGACGGCAAACCGUGCUCGGGAGGCGGCUCCUCCUCCGCCAACCAAACGUCCACCUCGUCGACCUCAUCCGAAUCCAAUCGAACGCAGCAAUCGCCCGCCAUUAGCGCGGCCGCCGCCGCCGCUGCCUGCCAGAACCAGCAGCAGUCGGUGGCGGCGCAGUGCAUGGCCAACGGCGGCCUGGCGAUGGCCUACCGGCAACAGACCAACUACCAGCAGCAGUGCGGCGGCUAUCUGCCGCUGCAGACGCGGGCCUGGUAG